GGACAAGGCCCCGACAGUGAGCCUCCCGUAGCACUGAGGCGGCUGAGCUGAGGGUCCCUGAUGCUUCUACGUUGCACACACAACUAGAAAAAGUCAGCCAACAUCAGACAGAAUGAAUGAAAAGAAACCAUUAGAGGCGCAUCGUCCUCCUCGCCCUCCAGGCUGCCCGCCUACCACCCGAGUCUGACCACCGUCCUCUCCGUGCUGCUGCUGCUAUGCUGCCCGCUGCGCUGCUCCGCCGCCCUGGCCUGGGUCGCCUCGUGCGCCAGGCUCGCGCCUACGCCAAGGCCACGGCCGCCCCAGCCCCUGCCGUGGGCCCGGGACAAAUGUCUGUCACCUUCGCCUCUCCCACACAGGUCUUCUUCAAUGGCGCCAUCGUCCAGCAGGUGGAUGUGCCCACGCAGACAGGAGCCUUCAGUAUCCUGGCAGCCCACGUGCCCACCCUGCAGGUCCUGCGGCCAGGGUUGGUUGUUGUUCAUGCUGAGGAUGGCACCACCUCCAAAUACUUCGUUAGCAGCGGCUCGGGCACAGUGAACGCUGACUCAUCAGUUCAGUUACUGGCUGAAGAGGCUGUGCCGCUGGACAUGCUGGAUUUGGGGGCGGCCAAGGCAAACUUGGAGAAGGCACAAUCGAGCUGUCAGGGCAUCCGGCGAGGCCAUGAGGGCUGA